CGGAAGUGACGUCGUCGGUGGUUGCUGGCAGUGCCAAGAAAGACGGAGAAAAUGUUGGUAUAAGUGUAUUUCAAGGAACAGUAACUGUCCUACUUCCGAAAUGCUAACUGGAUUUUACGUAUAUCAGGAGACAACUGUACAUUGUCUCCACAACAGAAGGUAACUUAAGUGCAUUACAGGUGAGAUGGCGAAACGGGAGGUUUACUCUCAGGUUCCAGUAGCCUAUGCUAUGUUGGCUAUAGACUGGCGGUGAUAAUCCGGUGUCAGCCAGAUGUCCCAGUAUAUGUAAUCACUUUGUUGCGGUUACUCUCGUCUUUUGUCUCCCAGUGGUGCUGCUGUGCAUGGGGUGAUCGCAGAAUGAUCCGUUGUUAUCGUGAUGCUGCGUAUGUGGAGAGACACACAAUGGAAGCAAUAAGUAAAAAGACAAACUCUGUCCAAAAGCUGAUAUUUGGAAAUAAACGACAUUACAUGUACCAGCCAGGACAGUGUGGUUGCGGCUGUAUUCCUGUCAACAAUAGUGGCAGCUACAGUAUCGCAAUAUAUACGCUUUUGCCCUAGUGGAAAUGGUGCUGAUGGUGCCCCAAUCUGAAGUCAUAAGGAAUCUCUACCUACAGAAUGGUUUCCAUGUUACUUUCCUGUUGGACCAUACAGUAAAAGUUGACUGAGUAAAGAUUUGGGCUUCCAGCCCCAUGCAUACUCACAGCACUAUGACCAGUCCUCAGGAGGGCUUGGGUUGGUCUUCCUCCCCUUGUAUGAUUGCUGAGACCUUGAAGGAAGAGACUUCUGUGACCAGACACUGUGAUUAUGGACCAAGUGGAGAUUGCCCUAAAAGCUAUUUACCAGAAGUAACUGAAGAAAAACAUUUACCUCCUGCAGAUGGUGUUGAAAAUAGGAGUAGCCCUGUUACUGCAGUGCUAACCAGUGUUAGUGAGGAUUCCAAGGACCACUUUGAGAACAGUGUUUUACAACUCAGAGAGCAUGAGGACCCUGAGGCUGCUGUCUUGCAUGGAACUGCAAAUGUAGUUGAGAAGGGGGAUACUGAAACUGAUAAUGUUAAAAUGCAAUUCAGCAGAUCAGGGAGUGGCAGCAGUGGAUUUUUAGAAGGGCUUUUUGGUUGCUUAAGACCUGUUUGGAAUAUUAUUGGAAAAGCCUACUCAACAGAUUACAAACUGCAACAGCAAGAUACAUGGGAAGUUCCAUUUGAGGAGAUCUCAGAGCUGCAGUGGCUGGGUAGUGGAGCCCAAGGAGCAGUGUUCCUGGGAAAAUUCCGUGGAGAAGAGGUUGCGAUCAAGAAAGUGAGAGAGCAAAAGGAAACUGAUAUCAAGCAUUUGAGAAAACUGAAGCAUCCCAACAUUAUUGCUUUUAAGGGCGUUUGUACGCAGGCACCAUGCUACUGUAUCAUUAUGGAGUACUGUGCUCAUGGCCAGCUUUAUGAAGUUCUGCGGGCAGGGCGAAAAGUCACUCCACAGCUGUUGGUUGAUUGGUCCUCAGGAAUAGCCAGUGGCAUGAACUAUUUGCAUCUACACAAGAUUAUUCACAGAGACCUGAAAUCCCCCAAUGUCUUAGUUACACACACAGACACAGUAAAAAUUUCAGACUUUGGUACAUCUAAGGAGCUAAGUGACAAGAGUACCAAGAUGUCCUUUGCUGGGACUGUAGCAUGGAUGGCACCAGAAGUUAUCCGUAAUGAACCUGUAUCAGAGAAAGUUGACAUUUGGUCAUUUGGAGUGGUGCUUUGGGAGCUGCUGACAGGAGAAAUCCCUUACAAGGAUGUGGAUUCAUCAGCAAUAAUUUGGGGAGUGGGAAGUAAUAGUCUACACCUACCUGUACCUUCAACUUGUCCAGAUGGAUUUAAGAUCUUAAUGAAACAAACCUGGCAAAGUAAGCCUCGCAACAGGCCUUCUUUCAGGCAGAUUCUUAUGCAUCUGGACAUUGCCGCUGCUGAUGUACUUGGAACCCCUCAGGAGACUUACUUCAAAUCUCAGGCUGCUUGGAGAGAGGAAGUAAAGAAGCACUUUGAAAAGAUUAAAAGUGAAGGAACCUGUAUACAUCGGUUAGAUGAAGAACUGAUUCGACGCAGGCGAGAAGAGCUCAGACAUGCACUUGACAUCCGGGAGCAUUAUGAGCGAAAACUGGAGAGAGCCAACAACCUCUAUAUGGAGCUCAGUGCUAUCAUGUUGCAGCUAGAGGUCCGAGAGAAAGAACUUAUGAAGCGUGAGCAAGCUGUAGAAAAAAAAUACCCAGGUACAUAUAAACGCUAUCCAGUUCGGCCAAUUGUGAGACCAAAUACUGUGGAAAAACUGAUCAAGAAGAAAGGAGUGCCCCAGAAGGUGGGAGUUCAAACCAAGAGGCCAGAUCUCCUUAGAUCUGAUGGUAUACCAGCUGUUGAGGUGGUUCCAAAUCACUCGCCAGUGUCUGGAAGCCCCAGAGUUUCAACACCACCAGGAAAAGCACGAUAUCGUAGCAAACCACGUCACCGCCGUGGCAACAGUAAAGGAAGUCAUAAUGAUUUUCCAGGAAUUUUAAAAAGUAGCCAAGCACAAGAGGACUCCUCUCAGUACUUGCACUAUCACCAUCACCACCACCACCAUCACCACCAUCAUCAUCAAGGCACAAAGGUGCAUGGGGAAGACAUAGCAAACUGUGCUAAUAACCUAAGAUACUUUGGUCCUUCUGCAGCACUAAGAAGUCCACACAGUGAACAUGUACAACGCAGGAUGUCAGGCUCAAGCCCUGAUCUCAUCUCUACAACAAUAGAAGCAGACAGCAGGAGAAAUCUAGAAAGUGGAGAAGAUGGUGACUGUGAACUCUGCAGAAGUCAGCCUUGUAGCACAUGUUUGGAGUGUCGAAAGUUAGUGGGCACUAAUAUUGAAAGACUUCCUUCUGGAAGUGAGGUAACUCAUUCUGCCCAGUGCCAGCCAAAUUCAUCAGCACAUUGCCCUCCUAGUUCAUGUGAAAGUUCAAGGAUUCAGGAUAAGGCAGACCUUCUAGAAGGAAAUGAGCAUGGCAGCUACAGACCUGGCUCUUCUCUUAGCUCUGCUCAGCAGAUGACCCCUCCAAGUCAUCCUCGCAAGUCAAGGCCUGCUAGAAAGUGUGGUGAUGAGUCAUCUGAAGAAGAGGAAGGAGAGGUAGACAGUGAAGUUGAAUUUCCUCGGAGACAGAGGCCCCAUCGUUCCAUGAGCAGCUGUCAGUCAUAUUCAACCUUCAGCUCAGAGAACUUCUCAGUUUCAGAUGGGGAAGAGGGAAACACAAGUGACCAUUCAAACAGUGGUACUCCUGAGCAUCAGUGCAACAGUAAUGAGGAUCACAUAGGAGAUAAAACAGAUGACCAGCUGUCUCAUACCCCAGAGAUACCAAUUGAAAUUUCCACUCAGUCAGAUGGCCUCUCUGAUAAGGAGUGUGCAGUACGAAGAGUCAAAACCCAGAUUUCACUAGGAAAACUGUGUUCAGAUGACCAUAGUUAUGAGAAUCCACUGCACUUUGGAGAAUCUGAUGGCGACUCAUCUGAAGAGGAAGGAUCAGAUGCUACCGUCAGGAACACUAAGCCUUGCAACACGUUGACAUGGUAGUACUGACCUCAUUAUGUGCCUCUCAGUGAGGUUGCUUCUUUACUUAAAACUGAAACUAAGACUUAAGAACACACCUUCAGGAAAUGGAUUUGCAAUAACAUGAACUUACACUAAUAAACUCUGGAAGCUCUUUUAAGGGAGUGAUUAGACUGAAAAUGAUCAUUUCCUUCAGGUUGGCAGGGAUAUAUUUUGUUGAAUAAUAAAAGUACUGUAACAUUAAUAUUUAUUUUUGUUCACAACUUUGUAAUGUAAAGCAUGAAGUUUUGUGGCAGCUUUUUGAAGAAGAAAAAGAACUUUGAACAUGUAUUACAAAUGUUAAUGUGACAAGCAUGAGCACAGGACUGUUGCUGCUGUGAUAGGGACCAAGGCGCUUGGCAUUAUAGGCAGUAGACAGUGGUCUGACAAGAAUUAAUAAAGAGGAACACAGAGGAACCUUCCUGCAAGGGAAUAUACGAACAAACAUAACUGUACUUUAUGGGACAGUUGUGCAUGGAGGACAAAUGGAUUCUUUAAUAUUGUUGUGUUUAAAAAUAUAAACACACUUUAAUGCAUUUCAUUUCCCCAGCACAGAUGUUAAUAUUUAUUUUCCCAUCCUUCUAGAAUGAGACUGUUGGGGGUCAUGUCAUUAUUUUAUAAGAAAUUAUUUUUUCAGAGUUCUCUAGGAAACAUGAAGUCGUUUGACUAGAUUGCCAUAUUUUUUUAUUACAUAUAGUCCUAUUUGAGUGCACUUUAAUCACAGAAUUGUGUCUCGAGUACAUUCCAGAAUGAAACAGAAAAAAUCUUAUCCUCUGUUAACAUCUUUGUAUUUGUUUUUACUUAUUGCAGCUGCAAAACUCAGUGUUGAGAUGUGCUUGUAUUUUUCUUCUCCAUUGUUUUAGCUAGAUACUAGAAUAGUUAUCAUCUUUGAAACUAGAUAGAUUUCACAUAGUUCUUUUUGUGGCAUCACUGGUUUAGUUUGUAUACUAACAAGGUAUUGCAAGGAAUGAUAAUUUUUGUUUCUGCAGACUUGAAGUUUCAAUCAUGGAUACAGACAUACAAAACAAGUCAGUCUCUUGCUACCUGAUUUUCAUGUUGACCUGUUUGUUAGACAAAGUUAGUGUUAACCAGAACAGAAUAAGUCCCUAAACAUAAAAAAAAAUGUAUGUAUGAAGUGUCUUGAAAUAGCACCCUGCAAUAUAUGUAUAAAUUCUAGUUCCUAAUGUUAGAACUUGAGUAUUAAUAGUAUGUACUGUAAAUAAUGUUUUUCCCCCAAGCUUGGACUUUUUAGAAACAUGGUAUACGUAUUGGGCCAGCAAACUAUAUAAUAUAUUCAGAGAGUUAUCUCAGCAGGAUGGUAUUUCAGGCGUCAGAAUUGACCCUUGAUAUCUUGAAAUUGAAUAGUGAACAAGAAAACCAAAAGGUUUCAGUUUUAAGGAAUAUCUGAAAUGCCUCGAUAAGUAUGCCUUUGUGUCUCUUUGAAUAAUUAAAUUUCAGUUGUAUUUUGCAGCAUCACUGUCGUAAGCAUAUGAAAAAGUUGCCAAGUUAAAAAAGGUAAAUUUAUUGUACAGAAUACAGCUAUCCCCAGUACCUGACAAGGUUUAGUUAUUCAGUUGUGAAGCCCAUCCCAAGCAAUCAACCAGAACAUUCUUCCUCCAGAUACAGAUUUACAGGUACAUGUUAGCUCACAUAACUCAACUAUUUUUAAAGAGAAUUUGUUGUCUUAAUUUACAAGUAAGCUGUGAAAAAUGACAGAACGCAGGUGUAGAUAUGAGUUAUCUAUUAAAUACGAUUGUUGCAUUUAAUUUGUGGUGCUAACCCAAGGAAAAGGAAAAUGAAGUCAGUACUAUGAUACAAACUGGCAAAAUAAGCAUUUUGCAGAAUUUAAAUUAUACCAAAGCAGUAUGGGUUUUUUUUGUUCUGUUUAGACUACAUUCUCUUUGUUACAUUGACUUCUGAACUCCUUUGCCUAACCCAGCCUUGACUGUAGUUCUCAAACUUAAGUCAGAGUGUCAUUGCCUAUCUUUCAUCGUAAUAUUGUUGUUGUAGAUAUAUGUAGAUAGCAGCAGUAUUGGCUAAUAGCCUCCUGAUAGGUCCUGAGUAUUUUGAUUUUCUGCAAGCACAGUGUUUGUCACAACAUAAGCUUCCUCCUUCCAGUUUUCUUGUUUGUUGUUUCAUAUGGUGACAUACUUCAUGCCUCCAUGUUGCCUUGAUCUUUGAUGUCCUAAAACUGUUGAAUUUGAUCUUGCAUUGCUCUGUUGUAGAAUUAGAAAACAAUGUCAUAACAUAUUUCCUUGUAGUUCAUGCUUUACAGCCUCCAUCAUGGUCUCCCACAGAGUUAUGUUUUAAAUCUUUUCAUAGUUUUUUUUUUUUUUAACAUAGGGACCAGUACAGUGUUACCUUUGCAAUGUAGCCUUGUCAGAUAUACUUUUUUUUACUUGCUGGGUUUCUCUUUCACUGUGUAGCAUUUCCCCAUUUUGUGUUAUAUGUACCUUCCAGAGCUUUGUUGCAUGAAUUACCCACCUUGUUCAUAGUGAUACAAGUAUUUAUGUUGCUCUUCCUCCAACCUCAUGGCAGUUGCUUCAGAGUUAUGAGUCUCAUGAAAAUGUUUUUAAAUUUACAUCCUUUCUUCACCACUUCAGGGGGACAAACUCAACAUUGUAGUUCAGUAAUCACAUUUCACCAGUCAGCAGUAACUUCAGCUGUACUAGGAGUGUGUGUUUGCUAAAGUUAUUCACCUAGUUUUUGAUGUUUCUGCUUCUCCCAUUUGUGUUUAACAUGUGAUGAGAGACUUCAAAGUUGUCUGUUCUGUUUCUAAGGGUACACAUUCUAAGGUAAUCUUUAUCUUGCUUGCUCAUAUGACAAGCUUUUUUUGCUUUCUUUCAAUGGCUUCUCCGUGUCCUUGUAGAGUUUCACAUAUUGUUGUAAAUGAUGUCUUGACGUUUUCAGUUGCUUCUAUGUUACUUAUUGUUUAUCAAACCACAGCAUUGUUUUUCAUGAUUGGGGAAAAGAUAGAUUCAGUUUAUUUUUAUUUAAUAAUCACAUUUUAGUAUUAUUUUUUUCAGUUUUCCCUACUACUUUCUGUCAUCUGCUGUAUCCUGGAACCAUUUUUCAUUCUUCUACAGCAAACACCCCUAUCAGUUAACUGACUUGCCCCCUCCCUCAGACCAGGGCUGUGCUAAGCAAGGACGUGUUUGAUGAAUAUUUAGGGAGUGGGUAGAGAUGGGAUCAGGGCAACCUGGUUUGGUAUCAUUGUGACAGCAAUAGUAGGCAUUUUUGUUUAUGCCCUUUCCACAGUCUCACACCACCCGUAAUGUGCAGUGAUGUCAGUGUGGACCUUUGUCUGUAGACACUCUACCAGUGUUCCCUCCUUUUUUCUUCAGGUGAGCCAGCAAAAUUUCACUGUAUCCCUAUAACCUACAAACCUAGAUUAACUCUGUCAGACUUCUUCACUCUGCAGAAUGGAACUAGCUAAUCCAGUUUUAUUUUAUCUGUAAGUACAGUCUGCCUUAGUAUCCGCAACUAUGUAGUCUCUGUAACAGCUCCUUUAGUUUCACACUGUGCGUAGCAGUGUACUCCAUGCUAAGUGAAAAACAUAGCUGGUUUGAUAUGAUAGGCCAUGUUUAGCUGAGGAGAAAGGAUGUGCUGCUACCAUGGCAUAUUUUUCUUGCUAUAUGUCAAGAUUCUGUUCCCUGUCUUUGCUUGUAGAAUUUUGCCUGCCUUUACUUUUUUUUCAGACUUUAUUGUGCCAUGAAUUAUGUUCCACUCCUUUUUGUCAAGAAUCUCAGCUUCCUUAUGUUAAGUGCAGUCCAUUAUAGAGUCUCUGCCAUUUGUAGAAUAGGGGACAAGUGUUUCUGUAAAGAUGUUGACUGAGCUUCAAAUGAGAGCUCAUGCUGAUACAUGGGGAGAGCAUUUACUCAUAUGUGGUUUUCAGUGUUCACUUCCUCCAGUCCUGGUGGAUCUCAAUAAAUGUACAUCUCUUGAUAUUAUGAAAUACAUGUAAAAUAUCUCAUGCAGAUUAUGACUAGCUUGUAAAUGCAAAUGAUAUUGUGAAUGUUAUCAAGACUCUCCCCAAGAAUACAUUCUUGUCUUCUUUGCUCAUCCCAGUAGAGUUGGGCUGCAUCUUGAUGCCCAAAGCAUGGAUUUAACCCAGCUUGCUGUUGCAUUGUGUGAUGGUUAUUUUAAUAGCCCUGUAGAAACAAAGCAGCUACUGUUACAUCAGUGUAUGGAACAAACACAUUGUUUUUCAUGGCAUUGCUGUUGACCCUAUAGAGUUACUAUAAAGGUUUCUAUAUCAUUCAUUUUAUUUCCAUAUACUGAGGAAAAAGUCAUACAAAUAACCUUUAUGUUUUAGAAGAAAUUUGUCACUUUGUCCUACUCAUCUUCUAAAAUUGAUGUGCUUUCUCAGUUCUUUUACACAUCUCAUCCCGCCACUUGUUUUCAUUCAUACUUCAGUGUGGACCAGACUUGCUGUCAGCCUUCAGUAGUUUGGUUUUCAUCACUCCCAUUCAUAUCAUGUUCAGAGUACCCUGUCACCAUGUGUUUCUUAAUCCCCUGUCAUCAGGUGCAUUUUAGUGAUUUUUUGUAACUCAAAAACAGCCCAUUCCCACUUACCCAGUCAGUUUCCUGCACUGUCUCAGUCUUCUUUCAUUGAAAUGUAUGCAGUUAGUGUUCCUUUCAAAGCUCUAGUGAAGUGUGCUGAUUGCCAGUGUCAGAAGUAUUAUUUUAAACGGGAUUUGAUUUAGCUUAUUUCUGUUCCCAUUUGAUGAAAUGUCUAACAUUUAUGUCGCCAUCCACACUGCACUGCAAAAACAUACAUUUUGUGUUGGUCUUUCUGAUAUACUAUGCAUUGUCAUUUAAAGCAGUGCUGUUUUUCUAUUAUUUUCCUGUGUGUAACUCUGUAUUCAUUGAUCUCACUUCUGAGGUGCUGCUACUCUUUUUUUCUAGUUAGCUGUUUUUGACAGAUGUGAUGCUGUAUCAAUAGAUUGCAGCCUAGUUAAUAGUUUCUUACCCUCAGGUUUAUAUUUACUUUCAGAUUUGUAUUUAUUAGACUUAGCAAUGUCAGUCUGUGAAACACAGCUUCCUGGAACCCUGCUUUCAAAGCCUGCUUUAUCUGUAGAAGUGAACUGUAUCCUUUCUCCUCUGCAGUUUAUUUUGUCUUAAACAACUGUUUUAGUUUGCUAGUAGUCUUAAUAAGCCUGUUUAGAACCAUGUCACAUAUUUUGUUGGUCCAGAAAUGUAGCCUCUGUUCUACUUAUUUUGCUGUGCAUUUUCAUUUAAUUUGACACAGAGAUAGUUUAGUAGAAUCACAAUUCUAAAAAAUGACAGUAAUCUUGAAAUUAAUCAUUAGUGAUUUCAAACUUUGAAUCCUGAUUUUGUCUUGAUUUGUAACAGUGAUGAAGCCAUUAAUUACUUGUGUUGUGUUUUUGCGACCCAAAUGAACCUUAGAAGCACAGAUGCUUUUGUUGCUAAACUUACAAAUUUACAAAGGAGGUAUGGCAGGGUUUAUCAUGAGAUAAAAUAACAAGGCAGAAAACAAAGCUAUCAUAAAGCAUCAAAAGCAAGUAAGCCAGCCUCCAGUUUCUCUCUGUUGACAGUUUAAAAAACAUGGCUAUGAAGUUCUUAAAAUAGUUUUUACACUGAGCCUAGGGCAGGAAUCAACAGGGUUAGUCUGCAUUAUUUAUUUUUAUUGUAAUGUUUUUGUGAUGUUACCAGCUAAGACAAACAGCUGGCAUUUGAGGAAACAAGUAGCACAAUAUCGCUUAUUUUCUUGUCAAACAAGCUAAUAUAGUUUCCAGCAUGCAUAAUGUAAAUAAUUGUUCACUGAGGCAGCAUAGCAUAGUAGUUAUUAUGGUGAAAGGUAAUGUACAGGUAAGAUUCUUGAUAUAAAAAAGAAAACUUGAAUCACUUUGUACAAACCUGACUGGGAAAUGGGUGAAAAACACAUGUAGUUCUUUUUUGUGUUUGGUUUACAGUCUCCUUUGCUAUGUUAAUUCAGCAUAUUAGUCACUGUAAUUUUAGCACAUUGACAUAAUGAAGGAAAUGUUUUAUUUGUAUGGAAAUGAACAGUAUUUGAUCAGAUUAAAUUAUUCCAUUUCUAUUCCUGUAGCUGGACUACAUUGUAACCUAUUAAGUUAUAAUUUUUUUUUCUGUAGAUCAGAAGUUUUGGCUUCAUGGUAACUUGCACAAUUAUGAAUUCAUUUGUGAUCCAUCUUGUGAAAUGUUUUGUUUUAUGCUGUGUAAAUCCCUAAUGAAGGAAGCUUUCAGAUUUGAGAAAGUGCUGUCAUUCAGUAUAUUAUCUGGUAUACGCUUGCCAAACGUAAAUUAAAAAAAAAUAAAUAAGCAUAUUUAAUAUCUCCAGUGGCCAGUAGUGACACAUACAUACAUACAAAAUAAUUACUCUGUAUAUUGUAAUGUAGAUUCCAAGUUUAUUUAGCCUUUCUUUGUUUUAAAUGGGUUAUUUUCUGGCAAAUAUGGUACACUAAAACUACGGAUAUUAGAUGCAUAUGGUCUUGGUACACAGGUGCAUUAAGUUUUGCACUACCUCAGUAUGGCACAGUGGUAGGAAGUAACAGAAUUAAACUUUACAAUUUGUUUUAAAUGUGAGGUAACUGAAUGGUGGCAAAUCACUGAUUUGUGUCAUUUUAGUAAGCUUUGGCAAGCCAGAACAUCUGAUGACAUUAGCACAUUCAGUUUAUGUUGGCUGACAGCCCUCUCUCAAGUUGCACCAUUUGUGUUGUAAUAAUGUGACCAUUCCAUGGGCAUUUAUUCCAAGAUUUUUUUCAUUUUCACUAAAAUGGUGACUUCCUGACACAAACCUAAUUGUCUGUACUGAAGUACUGUACAGUGAUGGAAAUAAGAAUGCAAAUUGAAGCCAACUGCAUGGAAUAAAAAAGCCAGUGUACAUUAAAACUC